UUACAUUAUAUAAGUAAUUAACUUUGAAGUUUGAAGCGUUUGGGUUGUGUUAAUUUAAGCAAUGUCUACAUUUUUUUAUGUGAAGUACUAUGUAGCAUCUCAACUCUUAUUUAUCAUAUAUGCUAUUUGCUUGUUUCUGCAAUGCCAUUCUUAGUUGCACAUAUUUUGUUGAUUUCCUGAGGAACUCGUAGAAUUCUGGACUUCAAAUAUUUUAAUUUUGAAGGUUUUGAGAUUCGAAAAUAAUUCCAAUCAUCCAUAUUGAGAUGAAGGAAUUUUCCUGGCUUAGAAACAUUCAGAUUUAGACAAAAUUUUCAUACUGCUGAACCACUUUGUUACUGUAAAAAGCUAUAAAGGCUCAUGAUCAUACCAAGGACAUGUUGUCAUGACCUUUCAGCAACAAUUGGGAUAACUGUGAACUAGUGAUUGCAAAUCACUAGGAGUACUUAACGGAUAUGGAUCAUUUUUGUGAUGUGUGCUAGCUGCCGGUGGGGUUGGGAAGUGUAGGUUGAUGCUAAUAAUUGGGAAGAUACUGAGAAUGGCAACUUAAAAGGGCUUUCCUAAGAAUUGUGGCAAGAACGGAUUUGAGUGUGCCCGUUGUUGGUUGGCUUCUUUGGUUAUUGCUAAAUUUCCGCAAGGGUUUAUAGCUAUUACAAUGGUGUAUUGGCAAAUUAAGUUGCAGAGGUGACGUUUUUUAAUUUAAUCCGGCAGAGGUAGGCGUUGUUAAAGCUUAAAUCUAUUGAGCUAGAAUACAAAUACAAAAACAUCUUUACUUAUUGCAAUAAAAAUACUAGGGUAGAGGAGAGAUUAAGAGAUUUUAGUGUGACUACUUAGUUUGUAAUUGCUUGCUUUUCACCAUUGACCUCAGUCACUGUUUUUCUUCUCAUAUUGGUAGUAUAGAAUUUGCAGAUAUGGUAUUGCUCCUUGCCUGGUUUUUUCCUCCUAUAUCCUAACCAUAAAAAUUGAAGUUUAAUAUGUUACCUAAAUAUGCAAGUUGCUUCCAAUGUUGUAUUAUUGUUCUUUAUGUGGUGUCCUACUCUUGCUGCUAUUUCAAAAUUUAAUCCAGUACAAUGCAGGUUUGAAGAAAUUAGCUUGUGGACUCCCCAAGAAGUAAUUUUCCCUACAAUCACUUCUGCCGAUCAGUAACCAAUAACAUCUGUUAAAUGGGAAAAUCAGUAACCUAUAAAAUCUGAUUGAUAGUCUGGUAAUUUCCAGAAAUGGAGAUCAAUGAAGCAGGAAGGGUAGUUAUAGCUAAGCCAGUAGCUUCCAGGCCUUCUUGCUCCAAUUUGCGGUCUGUCUCAGAGCUCUUGGCUGGCGUUAAUGGUUCACCCUCUAAUAUGUGCUCUGGAACAACAUUUGCUGCUAUUAGACCAAAGACGGUGAGGUUCAAGCAAAUGGUAAAUCGUGAUCCAGCUGCAUCUAUUUCUUCCCUGGCUGAUCUCUAUGAAACAGCACUUAAUAAAUUAUCUGAUAACAUUUCGAAGUUAGAUUGUAAACCGACUUUAAUAUAUAAGCCACAGGUCAAGCUUGUAUCAAAGACAACUGUUUCUCUUUUAGCGAAUAUGGGGAACUUCAAUGAUAUUCAUAAACAGAAAAGACCACCAUCACUUGAGGCUCGAGUUCAAAAUCCGACUCAAGAUAAACGGCACUUUUCAUUAGAUUUUCUCCAGAAUAUUCCAUCUCAUGCACAAACUGAUCAGACAAUUGAAUCCUCAAGUUUAUCAUCUCAUAACCAAGAAGAUGACCCAAAAUCCUUAUAUGCUGCAUCUAGUGGGGAUCGACCUUCCUACGAUGGUUAUAAUUGGAGAAAAUAUGGGCAAAAGCAAGUAAAAGGAAGUGAGUCUCCACGGAGUUACUACAAAUGCACACAUCCAAAUUGUCCAGUGAAAAAGAAGGUUGAAAGAUCAUUGGAUGGACAGAUUGCAGAAAUUGUUUACAAGGGCGAACACAACCAUUCAAAGCCUCAGCCUCCCAAGCGGAACUCAUCAGGAACUCAAGGACGGUUAGGAAUUGCAUCCGAUGGCCAUGGUCAGCAAUAUAUGAGCAACCCAUUAUGGUAUAACCCUCUCAGCGAAAGAAAUGAAGGUUCAGAAAGUAGAGUAGAGAAUCAGAAUGAAAUUGAGUCAAAUUAUCAGAGUGGAGCAUUUUCUUGCUAUGAUCAUGCUGGAACUGGAGUAAUUAAUGCUGGUGCCAUAAUUUCUAAUAACUCUUGCGGUCUUAAUGAGGAAUGUGAUGAAGGAAGCAAGAGACUCGAAGGAGGUGAAGGUGAACCUAAAAGUAAACGAAGGAAAAGUGAUAAUCAACCAAAUGAGGCAGGCAUUUCAGGGGUGCGAAGUGCCACAGAGACUGAGAUUAUUGGCGAUGGUUUUCGUUGGAGAAAAUACGGACAGAAGGUUGUAAAGGGAAAUCUAUUUCCCAGAAGUUACUACAGAUGUACUGGUCUAAAAUGCAAUGUGCGCAAGUAUGUGGAGAGAGUAUCCGACGAUCCGGGAGCUUUUAUUACAACAUAUGAGGGGAAACACGAGCAUGAGAUGCCUCUCAGGAGCUCAAAUUCAGCAUCUUCUGGUGGUAGAAAAUCAAGGGAGACGUGAUGAAGAAGAAACAUGAUCUCUUUGACUUGUUGUUAAAGUAACCGGUGAAGUGUCAUUAAGGUAACACACAAGAUCAGGAGAUUAAGAUGUUUCAAUUUAUUUUUAGAUGAGAAAUAUGAUUAUAAAAUCAAAAAAUGAUGAAUCAUAGAGAGAGAAUUUAAAGAGAUCUUUCAUAAAAUCAAAAUUAGAGAUUUGACAGCCUAGGAGGGGAAGAGGGUUGUUUGUAAGUUCACCAAGUGUCAUUUCGUUAUUGGCUUGGGAUUUUAUUAGUAUUUAAUUUCAUUCGAUCGUCA